UCGGUCGAUGACGGGUGUCCUGUGCUCGGAGGGGACUGCUGCUGAUGUGGUACCGCCUCCUACUCGUCUGUGGUGGGCACUGAUACCGCCGUUCUCAGUAUGAGGGAUGCAGGAGGGGAAAGCUAGGACGACAGAGUGAAAUAACGGGCGUGCUGUGAGGAGGAGAGGAAAGAGGGACGAUUGGACAGAGAGAAGUCUCAGACGGUUAUGUGGGGAGAAGGCUGCAAGCAAGGGAAAGGCGGGGGAGGAAGCGUGCAACAUAUGAACGGGUAGGAAGAGCGGGACAUGGUUGUAGGGGGAAAGGGGUUAAAGGAGACGGUGAAGAGACGAAGAGCGGCGAGGGCGAUUAGAAGAAGGGAGGAGGUAUGCGGUCGUUGAGAGGGAAGAAGAGGGGGGAGAAAAGGGGGGUGAGAGGAGAAGCGCCCAACUGGUGAGUAGAGAGGAGAGGGGGGGGGAUGAACAAAUUCGUUAAAUGAGGAGGAAGGGGGUGUAAAUGGGUUUGGCAACGAAUUUGGAGGUGAAUCAGGCGAAAAAGCAGACAAAAGAAAGAACUACAAACGAGAGGAGGCGGCAAGGAGGGUGGGCGGAGCGGGAGGAGGGGGAGAGCGAGUAGGAGGGGAAGCGGGAGGAGGGGGAGAGCGAGGAGGGGAAGCGGGAGGAGGGGGAGAGCGAGUAGGAGGGGAAGAGAGAGUAGGAGGGGAAGCGAGAGGAGGCGGAGAGCGUGUAGGAGGGGAGGGGAAAUAGAUUGUCAAAGUUGGCUAGCUGGCCGGAUUGUGCGGCGCUAUACACUCGAUUCAUCAGUCGCACAGUACGUGCUGCUCACUCCUUCACGCAUCCGGGUGAUCAUUUUAUCUUUUCGCUCGUUCGUCACAAUGGUCGGGUUCAAGCUGCCUGCCUCUUCGGGGAAUAUAGCAAAUGUAGCCACCGCUUUUGCUAUCGGCAUUGGGGUAGCUGCUGUAGCUGGUGUGGCUGUUGCUGCAGCGGUUGGGGGCUUCAUUCUAUUACAGCAGGGACGGCCGUUGAAGUCACCCUGGCAAGUGAGGAAGCGCGCUUCGCCAUUGCCACCAAGGCAGUGGCGGUUGGCAUUCGAUAAUGUCGAUGGGCGGCUGAUUGGGGGUGGAGAGAGAGUUAUUGGAAGGGUGCGGCGAGGGGGUGUGGACCGAAUGAUACGGGCUGAGGUUUGGCCAUUCCUUCUUGGCCUGUAUAAUGCUGGAAGCACCCGUGAGGAGAGGGAGCAGCAAAGGGCUCAGCGGAGGGAGCAGUAUCACCAGCUUCGGAGACAAUGUCUUCUAGCAUUGAAACAUCUGCCCCAAAUGCGGGUGAAAUCACAUAAUGACUCUGAAGACGCAGCUGCCGAGGCAGCACCUGUUGAUCAGAUGACUGGUGUGACCACUAAGAGUUUAGAUGAUGAAAAUGUCGACGGACAACAGCAUGCUCAGACGUGUGAACUCGUGGAGUUCGUUGAAGAAUCUGAUAGGGAGGUAAUGGGCAAGGAAGGCGAGGACAGACUCUCAGAGAAUAAUGGAGAUGAGGAGGAUGACGAGGUGGAGGAUGGAGAUGCAUGUAGUGAGAUGCUGCCAGCACAAAGAUCAUGGGGAGAAGAGCUUUGUCGCUCGAUACCCAAUUCUGUGGAAGUGGUGCAGGAGGCAGAGGAUGCUACACUGAAGAGGCCCGAUUGCCGUAGUGGCGGUGAAGAGCUGUCUGGCAGUGCCAGUUCGUCAAAUUUGAUGGGAGCAGUGCUGGAUCAGGAAGGAGGGAAAGCGAGGAGGUCUUCUGAUGACACUUUGGAUAGGCAUGCGGUUGAUCCCAUGCAUGUUGCUGAGAGUAGCCCGGAUGGUGAAAAGCUCGACCUGAUUUCACCUGAAGCACAGGCAGGGGUGUCGGUGAACAGUCAGGGAAAUUCUUUUUCUUCCAAUAUUGUCGGGGAUGCAUCACAUCUAGGCAGUGGUGGCAGGGAGGCAGAAUCUGAGGUCUUUCAGGCUAGGGAGAGCAAGUCCAUUGUGCUGGAGAACGGCUGUGAUGAUGAGGCAGACAGGUCUCAGCGGCGAGAAGAGGCUUCAGUUCAAGGAGAAGAGAGCACUAAAGACCCAGCAGAUUUGAUUGUCAAGGAUGAAGGGGAGCCUCCGGAAGUGAUCUUUGUGGAGGAAAGUAAGACAUCUAUGAUAAGGCCAUCUGAGGAACCUGCCAAUGCGAAGCGUGUUACAGCAGUGAAGCCCCGAUGUUUUCCAGAAGGAAGAAGCUCAGAAGACUUCCAAAUGUGGCAGCGCAUCAUACGGCUUGACGCAGUUCGAAUGAAUGCAGCUUGGAUUCCUUACUCGAAGUCUCAGGCAGAAGUGAGCGAGGAAGAGGCAGCAAGACUAGCUGAAGAAGUGGGAUUGACAGAGCAUGCACACUUGGAUGCACCACGGCGCCAUCAUGCUGGUCGCCUUGUAGCCAUACUCGAGGCGUAUGCCUUGCAUGACCCUGAUAUAGGUUAUUGCCAAGGGAUGAGCGACUUGCUAUCACCAUUUGUGGCCAUGAUUGAGGAUGACGCUGAUGCAUUUUGGUGCUUCGAGCGGUUCAUGCAGAAAGCGCGUCAGAACUUCCGAGUGGAUGAACUUGGAAUAAGGAAACAACUGGACAUGAUCGCGCGGAUACUCAAGGCUGCAGACCCGGCAUUUUUCGAGUAUCUUUGUAGCAUAGGCGCAGAGGAUUGCAUCUUUGCAUACAGAAUGGCGGUUGUACUUUUGAGGCGGGAACUGACUUUUGAGCAAACCAUUUCUUUGUGGGAGGUGAGGACUUCAUUCUCAAAUCUUGCCGUAGUGCUUGACUACUUUCCCAAAAUAGUAGUCUGUAGCAGACGUAGGUGCCAAGCGACUCCGUAGAUAGAGAAAGGCACUUACAGAAUGAUCAUGCGUUCUACUCGAGUAAAGUGGUUUAUUCCCC